CACAUCGUUCAAUGUUCAUCUUCCAUUACUGUGAGAAUUAAAAUUGGGAACUAUAUAUCCUAGUUGAAUUCUUGUGAAAUUAGAGGAGAUUUCUUUCAAAAAAGUGGAAGAAUCGAUCAAAAAAGGGUCUAAAUUUGAUUUAAUUCAUUGUUAGAGGAGAGAGAAUUGGGGAUGUCGAGAAACGCAGUGAAGAAAGCAUCCUUAGUCGGUGAAAUGGGCUUCAUCAAAGGCGGCGGUAAGGUCAAUUGGUUCCCCGGCCACAUGGCUAGUGCCACUAGGGCAAUCCGCGACCGCCUCAAACUCUCCGAUUUUGUCAUCGAAGUCCGCGACGCCCGUAUACCAUUGUCAUCUAAAAACGAUGAGCUGCAGCCUUUGCUGGCGGGUAAGAAGCGCGUUGUUGCUCUCAAUAAGAAAGAUUUGGCCAACCCCAACAUCAUGCAUAAAUGGGCUCGGUACUUUGAUUCAAUCAAACAAGACUGUUUAGCGAUAAAUGCACACAGCAGAAGUUCUGUUCAAAAGCUUCUAGAUCUCGUUGAGUACAAAAUGAAGGAGGCUAUCUGUAAGGAGCCGACCCUCCUUGUUCUGGUGGUCGGAGUUCCCAAUGUUGGAAAGUCUGCAUUGAUCAAUUCCAUCCAUCAAAUAGCAUCAUCUCGGUUUCCAGUGCAGGAGAAAAGAAAGCGAGCUACAGUUGGACCCUUGCCCGGAGUCACUCAAGAUAUUGCUGGAUUCAAGAUUGCGCAUCAACCUAGCAUAUAUGUUCUUGAUACACCAGGAGUGUUGAUUCCAAGUAUCCCAGAUAUAGAAACGGGGUUAAAGCUAGCUGCAGCAGGUUCAGUGAAGGACUCUGUAGUUGGUGAGGAGCGGAUAGCUCAAUACUUGCUAGCAGUGUUGAACAGCCGGGGCACUCCUCUUCAUUGGAGGCGAUUCAUGGAUGCAGGAACUGACAGGCAUCUCGAAAGUGAGGAUAAACCUGAUUACAGCCUUGAAAAUCUUUUUCCAAAGCGGAAAAGACCUCCUAGUAUUAAUUCUGAUGUUGUCUACAUUGAGGAUGUUGUGACACGCGUUCAAGGGGCGCUGUGCAGGACUCUAAUGGAAUUCAAUGGAAGCUUGGAGGAUGAGGGCGAGUUUGGAGAUCUUAUAGACCAACAGUUUGAAGCGCUGAAAAAGGCUCUGAAGAUACCCAAUAAAACCUCAGAGGCUCGAACAAUGGCGUCGAAGAAAUUCCUCACACUGUUCAGAAUGGGCAAGCUUGGGCCCUUCAUCCUUGAUGAUGUCCCUGAUCAAUGAAUCCACACCCGGUACGUGCUAAUUUCUCGACUUUUCCUCUCCCCAGUAUGGAUACAUGUAGGGUAAGUAGUGUAGUUCCCCGGCCGUAGCUUCUUGAUGCUAUCUUGGGAGUGAGGUCAGUUUUUCACCUCCUCGCUUCAGCAAGUUUUGAUGAUUUAUCUAUUACAGUAUUUCUUUGUUUCGGAUAAUGGUGUUGAUUAAUGAAGAUUAUUUAGCAUUUUCACC